AUGUCAUAUCAAGAGCGCGAGGCAAAGAAGAGAAAAACUGCCCACAAUGGCGGCAACGCUCAGCAGGCGUUUCGCCCCGUCAAUCUCCAAGCUUCAGAGGGAAGAGAAUGGACUGUCUCUGUAGCAUUCCCCAGCAGCACAAUCGCGACCCUAGCCACGGCCGAACAGCGAAUCGCUGUGCCGAGCCGCAUCGCCCGCGCCCUCGCCAUCUUCUCCAUCGACGAAGUCAUUGUCUUUGACGACUCCCCGGUCAACACUCGCCCGCACAAUACCGAUAAGUCUGUCUACACCGGAGAUACGGACCCGUGUCACUUCCUGACGCAUGUGCUGUCGUAUCUGGAAGCGCCGCCGUUUAUGCGCAAGGCGCUUUUCCCUCUGCACCCCAACUUGCGAUUGACGUCGUCCUUGCCUGGUCUUGAUACGCCGCACCACCCGCAUAUCAAGGAGUCGAUGAUAUACAGAGAAGGAGUUACUAUUGCGGGAAUGACAAAGUCGAGCGACGGCACGUUGGUGGAAAUUGGACUGGAUAAGCCUGUCGAGAUCAAAGAGGACAUUCCUCCCAAGACGAGAGUCACGCUCAAGAUUUCAGAAGACGGGUCUGAGUCCGCAGAGUGUGUUCACCCCCAUACGCCUCGCACGGAAGCCGGCUUCUACUGGGGCUACACUGUCCGACAGGCAAACUCCCUUUCGGCCGUCUUCACCGAGUCUCCCUACGAAGGCGGAUACGACGUCAGCAUCGGCACGUCUGAGAGAGGAUCCCCCGUGGGUAAGGAGUUUCCAUAUGGCAAGCGUGUGCAGUUUAACCACGUUCUCAUUGUAUUUGGUGGCCCACGCGGUAUUGAAUAUGCGGCGAUGAAUGAUGAGGAGCUUGGUGGGAUGGGCAUCCAGGGUGGGAAAACGAGGGAGUUGUUUGAUCACUGGGUUGACGUGAUGCCGAAUCAAGGGAGCAGAACGAUUCGGACUGAGGAGGCCAUGUAUAUUGCGUUGACGGCAUUGAAGCGGAUAUGGGAUAACGAGUAA